CACAUCAACAAACCAUCUACCGUUCUUCAACGACACGAUGCAGGGCUGGAUGUGCGGUGGUCGACCCAGGAAGAUCGAGAGUACCGCUUCGAUCACUGGUGAAGCGCGGGUUUAUGAUAAGGAUGUCGUGACGACGUGGCGUCUGCCGAGCCCCGUGGCGGCGUACGAGGUGUUCUUCUAGGAGAAGGCUUUCGCGUGUGCGUUGGGAAGGGAGACGAUGUGGAUUGCCGUUGAGGCGUUUUUGGAUGGAGAGGAGGGUGUCGUGGCGGCAGACGGCACCCCCCUUGAACGCUUCCACGAGUUCAUCGCUGACCUCGGCACCCAACCCGUCACCGUCACCAUCUCCAGCUUAGUAAACGACAUGCUCCGUCUCUACCAUGACUGCGCCGCAAACGGUACCCGCUUCUCCUACCACGCCGACGUCGCAAGUUUCGUAGAGAGCUUCGUCCUCUCACGAGACUGCUUCUUCUACCCCGAACGACGCGCCCCCGUAGUGGAGGCAACAUUCCAGCAGUGUCAUUUCAGUGAUGGAGGACGAGAGGUACUGGACGUGCAGAUCUUCUACAGCUGGGCGCAGCCCUUGUUGGGGUUUCGGGCUUUGGCAAAUGUGGUGGCGGAAGGGGAGGAGUUUGUGCUUGCGCCUGUGGCGCCGAAUGCGAGGGUGUACGGUGCCGUGAGUCCUUGCUCGGCGGAGUACUUUGUUGGACCCGCGGAGGACUGGUUGAGGUGGGACGCCGACCGCGAGUGUCUCCACGGCACCGUCCCACCACACCUGGCCGCUAAUCAGGGAGCUGAGCGCCUCGACUGUUACACCAUGGGGCUGGAGAUCAUGGCUAUCAUUACGAAACACUUUGCUGGCGAUAUCCGUUUAGAGAGAGUAAUCCGUUGUGGCGUGCCACUUACGGUCCGCAGACGACCGGAUCGGUGUACGGAUGACGAGGAGAUGGUGAUGAGUCCGCCGCUGCGCACACUACAAACGCGAGUGUCUCCCUGCCGUGGGAAACGAACAUCGCCGCACUCCUUGAGAAGGACAGAAUCUUACCGCAAGCUUCGGACCGGGCACCAACCUCCUGCGAAGCCUCUAUUUCCGUCAUUCGCAAGCAGUGCGAGCACGGUGCGCCGUCCUACUCCCGUCCGGGCUUACAGCGGUGCUGUCGUUGAUACGGAGAGUGAGAUUGAGAACGGAAGCGCGACGUACAAGGAGAUCAGCCAGACGCUGGAGCGCAAGGCGGAGUGCAUGAGCCCGGCAUCAUCGCCGCUGAUGCUUAACCCGCUAUCGUUGGCGAGGCUGUACGAGAAUUCCCGUCCCGUGCGUUCGGACGGACGCUUGGUGUUUUCGCGGGGAGAUGGGGUGGUAGAGCGGCUGCGUGGGUUCGAUUCGGAUGCGUGAUCGCGCAUCGUGAGCAUUGCUUUCCGCAUCCUCUAGGACUGGGAUACGCUGCUGGGUGGCAUGAUUUCGAGCAGUCCAGUAAUACUUUAUUGCAUUCUGCCCAUCGCCGUUCUU